AUAUGCACAUCAACGCAUGAUUCAUGCGGCCACCAGCGCAAGAACCUAUGGAUGCCAUCGCGUUUACUCCAACUUUGUGACCUGGACAAAGAACCCAAAGUUCGCUUACGGAGCAGUUCAGAAUUAGAGAGCGAACGUUACCUCACUCUCAGUCAUUGUUGGGGCGCUAAGGGCAGCCAAAAACUGCAGCUCACCAAGGAAACUAUCGAAGAUUUUCACCGAGGUAUUGCUGUUUCAACCCUGCAAAAAACGUUCCAGGAUAUGGCCAAUGUCACUGCUCGUCUUGGGUUCCAAUACUUUUGGGUAGACUGUAUGUGUAUACUGCAGGACGAUCCCGAAGACUGGAGACGCGAGUCUAGUUUAAUGGGAACAGUGUACGCAAACAGCUGGCUCAAUAUAUCUGCCACAUGGGCAACGGACAGCAGCUAUGGUUGCUUCACCCACCGCGAUCUUUCGCGAGACUAUCUCCACGUGGAAGAACCCAUGAAUGGGUCGGAGAAGAAGAAGAACUGGAUAUUGACGUCGACAUAUGACUGGUCGGGUCAGGUAGAGCAAGCGCCAGUGAACGAAAGGGGUUGGGUCUUACAGGAGCGCAUCCUAUCUCCCCGCAUUGCGCACUUUACGGGAACUCAGGUCGCUUGGGAAUGUCAGCAGCUGCAGGCCACAGAGACAUCUCCUGAUGGAAUUAUACUUCAGCAGGCCUUGUACAAACAAUACCGGUAUAAUAUCGCCAUCGACAAUUCUAUCAAGCACGACGGCCAUGAAGAUACCGAGUACUAUUGGAGUCGUAUACUAUACAAGUACACAUCGUGUCAGUUGACUUUCAGUACUGAUAGGUUGAUCGCCUUAUCUGGAAUCGCACGAAAAAUCAAUGAAAGUAGACCGUCCGAUUAUAUGGCGGGUCUAUGGAGCAAAGACCUGCCUCACUGUCUCCUGUGGACGCUAUGGGACCCAAGUCCUCAACCGAAAACCUAUGUCGCCCCUUCUUGGAGC